UAGAAGAGCCAAAGCCCUCCCUUCUCGCCGCCGUUCCGUUGCCUUUCGCCCCCGGCGACGUCGCGAGAAGCUCCUACUCUACCUAGAAAUAGGACGGGCUCAGAUGGCCGAUCCGAGGACCUAUGGGGGAGAUGACGCCGAUCGCAGACAGGAUUCGAGCGGACGGCGGCUUUACAACCCCUACCACGAUCUUCAGAUCCCCCACCGCACCCUCUACGACCUCCCCACGUCCCCGGAGUUUCUCUUCCAGGAAGAAUCCAUCGCCGAGCGUCGCUCCUGGGGCGAGAACCUCACCUACUACACUGGCAUCGGAUACCUCGCCGGGUCUGCUUCCGGCGCCUCCCUCGGCAUCCGCCAUGCCCUCCGAUCUGCGGAGCCCGGGGACACCACGAAGAUCCGCAUCAACCGCAUCCUCAACUCCUGCGGCCAGGACGGCCGCCGGAUCGGCAACCGCUUCGGCGUCAUCGGCCUCUUGUACGCCGGGCUCGAGAGCGGGAUGGUCGCCGCGAGGGAUAAGGACGACUGGGUCAACAGCGUCGUCGCCGGGCUCGGUACCGGGGCCCUGUUCAAGGCCGCCAACGGGCCGCGGUCGGCGGCGGUUGCCGGCGCUAUCGGAGGAUUGAUGGUUGGAGCUGCUGUCGCGGGGAAGCAGAUUAUGAAGAGAUACGUGCCAAUCUAGGGUUUUUUUCGAGUAUUUACCGAAGGGAGAUUUGAUAAUCUUGCUAUAUGGUUGCUAAGCAAUUUAGUUGGUUUGAUCUUUAAAUCUUCUAGUCUUUUACUGAUUCUACCCUGUUGUCGACAUACAUUAUCUCCAUCAACAUAAGCAACAAUAUAGCAGUUGAUAUCUUUUCAUUAUUGGUCUGUCUGGUUGUUCUUUAGAAUAAAGAGGUUCUACAUAAGCAAUAGACUAGCUAUAUAUUAUGAUUGGUGAGCAAGCUUAGUUCAUUGUUCUUGUACAGUCCUUUUUCCUUUCCAUGUAUAUUACUGUGCCACGCGUUGU